CUCUUCAAUCGAAGUUCUCUAUUCUGCAAGAAUGGCUCUCUCUUCCCACUCCAAAGUUCUCUGCUUUCUUCUUGCCUUAAUCGCUGUGUCUAUCUCCUUCUCUUCCGCCAUUUCCCGUGACCAUUCCAUCGUAGGAUACGCUCCCGAGGACCUGGAAUCUCACGACAGACUCAUCGAACUGUUCGAGAAAUGGAUUUCAAGGUUCGAGAAGGUUUACGAGACUGCCGAAGAGAAGUUGCGUAGGUUCGAAGUUUUCAAGGAAAACUUGAACCAUAUCGACGAGACGAACAAGAAGGUGACCAACUACUGGCUCGGGCUUAACGAGUUUGCGGAUUUGACCCACGAGGAGUUCAAGAAGAUGUAUUUAGGGCUGAAGACCGAUCUGAUCUCGAGAAAAGAAGAUCGGUCUUAUGAUGAAGAGUUUGCUUACAAGGACGUUGAGGCUAUUCCCAAGUCUGUUGACUGGAGAAAGAAAGGAGCUGUUACUGAAGUCAAGAACCAGGGUUCUUGUGGAAGCUGUUGGGCAUUCUCGACCGUGGCUGCAGUUGAGGGGAUUAAUCAGAUUGUCACUGGAAACCUGUCAUCGCUGUCUGAACAAGAACUCAUAGACUGUGACACAACUUACAACAACGGUUGCAAUGGCGGUCUCAUGGACUAUGCUUUCGAUUACAUAAUCAAGAACGGCGGUCUCCACGAGGAAGAGGUCUAUCCUUACGCCAUGGAGGAAGGAACCUGUGAAAUGCAAAAGGACGAAGCCAGGGUUGUGACCAUCGACGGAUACAAAGAUGUACCGAGAAACGACGAGAAGAGCCUUUUGAAGGCAUUAGCUCACCAGCCACUCAGUGUUGCCAUUGAAGCCUCUGGAAGAGAAUUCCAAUUCUACAAGGGUGGCGUGUUUGAUGGGCGGUGCGGGACAGAUCUGGACCACGGAGUGGCUGCGGUCGGGUACGGAUCAAGCAAGGGGAUGGAUUACAUCAUCGUGAAGAACUCGUGGGGGCCGAGGUGGGGAGAGAAAGGUUACAUCAGGAUGAAGAGGAAUGUGGGAAAGCCAGAGGGAAUAUGUGGAAUCAACAAGAUGGCUUCUUUCCCCGUCAAGAACAAGCGAUUUGAGUUCACACCACAUGAAUGAUCUGCGUUUUCCUCAUCGAUCUAUCCACAUGAUAUGAACUGUUACCGAUAAAAGCUGUGAUUUUUAUUGCUUUUUCGCUGUCUGAUUUGCCAAUGAAAUUAUGGUAACAAGUA